AUGGCACUGAGACAUAUAAAUAUGUAAGGAUGGUGGAUGUCUGGGACAAAUGAUCGCAUAACCAGUCUCCAAACGGCAGAUGGUUUGGGUGAUUAAACCAGUCGGGGUUUGCGUGAUGAAACGAUUAUUAGUAGUAAAAGGGUAGUGUUAAAGUGGAGAAAAGGGGAUUUUUUGAUGUAGAAUUUCGGAGACAUGGGACGAAUGAGAGGACGGUAAGAUUGGAAGAAUAAAAUACGUGUUAUUCUUUCUUAGGGAAUUUCUAACUUCGAUUAAAACCCCUUUUUAAACGAGAUUGCGGUAAUGUAAGUAUGCUUAGUAGACAGUUUACAACCUUAACCUCUCUAAAACUAUCGAAAUUCCAAGGAUUGAAGGAUGUGAAGAGGCCUGCGAUCUUUUGCCUGAGGCUCUUUUUCCAACCCCCUCGAGCCGCGCACGCAAUUUUAGUGGGUGGGUGAGCUGAGGAGACCCUCCAGGGCCAAAGAAAAAAGACUUUGCGACAAAUGAUAAGGUGAAAUGAGUUCGCGAUCUCUAAGUCCUCUCGACUUUUCCAGCGCUGACCGAUCGUUGCUGGAUUCGUUGGUGGCCCAUCGAUCUGGCGAUCAUGUCGAGGUCUUCGGAGCAGAGAGAGAAGCUCAGGUCAGGAUCUUCGCCAAACAAUUGCUCACAGCUCUGCAGUAUAUGCACCAUAGAAACAUUGCUCAUCUCGAUUUGAGGCCAGAAGCAGUUCUACUACAAGAUGAUCACUUAAGACUGGCAGACUUUGGACAAAGCAGGUCAGUGGUAUAAUAAACAGUACUUAUUUAUCAAUUCUAAUACCUAUUUUGAACUUUAGACAUUUAAUACGGGGAAAAGUAACGGGUAAUAUAAAAGCAACACCUGAAUUCGUGUCCCCCGAAAUCGCCCAAGGCCAAACGGUCACACUGGCAGCUGAUAUGUGGAGUGCCGGAUCUCUAAUCUAUGUUCUGUAAGCCCUAUUUUCGUUGCCGAACAAUUUUUAGGUUAACUGGAGUGUCGCCGUUUUUGGGAGACAAUGAUCGAGAAACACUAGCUAAUAUAAACAAUGGAAACUACUUAUUGGAUUCAGAACCUUUUAAUGAGAUCAGCAAUGAAGCCAAAGACUUUCUUCAAAAAUUGUUAUUGUUGGAUCCAAGGUAAGAAAGUAGCAUUGUUACGGCAUCUAUCUGCUCGCAGUAAACGGAUGACAGUCGAUCAAGCACUCUCACACGAUUGGUUAGCUGAUCCAUCGCUAAGGGAUGCCAAACUGAGAACGGAUUGCCUACGGGAAUUUAAAUAUCACUACAAAUGGCUGGCAAGUGAUUAAAAUGCAUUAUCCGUUAAAGUCACAACAAACAGUAAACAUUAAAAUCGAACUUUAGGAACGACGGGUCUUUGUGCAGCAGACCCCCUCCGAUCAGCUCACACAAAUGUUAGAGUCCCCUCGCCGUGCCCUGGCUCAGAUCGAGAAAGUCAACGCGGCUGGCAGUUUGCCACAAAGGGCGGAGCCCUAUGUCAUCUACGAUUACAACGCGAUCAAGGAGCGUGAUGACGGGAUCCCCGAGUUUGUGCCGGGCACAAAUCCACAGCCCCGAUCCAUCCCCAAGCACAUUCAAGAACAGAUCCGACAGCAGAUUCAACGGCCGCCGCCGCCCUUCUACGACCCCCAAAGCAUGCCGCAGCCCGGCCAGGACCCGCGACAGCCUCCGCCGCCCGGGUCCGGUAUCCCGCCCAAUUUGCGGCCAGAAGAAAUCCUCGCCCAACUUGGAAUUGAUCCGAGAAAACUUCAGGGCUUCCAAGGCGCUCUUCCCCCACCCGAAUCGCCUCGCAGUCCGAACAGCCAAAGGAAGCGAUUAGAGCCUCAGGCAAAAGGCGAGACCCCCUCUCAACGCAGCAGCCCCAAACCUCAGCCACCGCCACCAACCGAAGAGGAAGAAAACCAACCGGUAGGUGCCAUAAAAUGUAGAAUUACCCUUCAGGUACCUCCAAUACAAUUGAUCCGAGGAGAAAACAGACAAAUCCAAUACGAACUGGCUACUCGAAACUUGUCAGACAUCUCAGAAGAGUGCUCGGUAGCCGGUUCUGUGGCCUCGUUGGAUGAUGUCCAAGAUAUUCCACCCAAGGUUUGAAACAUUCAUGUUUUAUAACACCUCGCUUCUUAACUCUAUCACUUCUGAAACUAUAUUUUAACAGUUGAAAAGCGCCUCUAUCUUAACAUAUAAUCAUUUCCAUUCUAUCGCUUUUUAGGACAAACAUGAGGCACACAGUCGGUCAACGACCCCCAGGGCCGAGUCCGACACCUCGACUCCCCUUGCUUCACCCACACUAACCAUUGAAUCCAACGAGCCUAACCCCAUCCAACAGUUCUUCGGGGAUCAUGAGAUUCCUCCGAUCCCCGAACUGAAUGACCCCAAGAUUCCAGUCGGGGCUCCCAUCUUUCUGGAAGAGCUCAACAAAGGUCAACCUUUGACAGUUCAACUACCCAUAAGAACCGGUGGAAAGAAGAGUCCGGCCUCUCUGAGUCCGGCUUCUAACAGAUCCACUGGCACCAAGAGUCCAAUACAAUAUUCUCCUGGACAGGAACAUCAGAUGGAAUGUGUGAUCGCUGUAAAAUACGGAAAACAACGGCGAAUUUUUGGAAUGGGCGAAGAAGCCAAAGAAUUGCAGGCCAAGGACGACGAUGAUGACGGAAAAGCAAAGUCAGCCACUGCUCAUAUCAAAAUACACGACGACGGAGAUUUGGAACGUCUCGUCAAGGUAAGGUCAAGAGAACGAGGGCAUCAUAUGGAUUUUAUGAUAUAACACGAGGACGAUCAUAAAAAUGCACAUGUUCUCCAUCUAGUAGAAAGCUCGGCCAAUCUGUUACUAACAUUAGUCCCUUCCCACGGUUCUAUCGCUAUGCUUUCUCGCUAUUUACAAGAUCUAGACCGAUUUAAGAGUAAUUUCAGGCUAGAAGUCCCCGUAUUUGUAGUAAGUACCCUCUAAAUGUGACUAAAUCAUUUAAUGUUUUGUCCGAAAACGAUAAAAACAACUUGUUUUUAACCCCCGCCUUCUAGGAUCCGUUGGCAGACCUUGAGAAAUAUCGUGUCAAAAAUUACUACAAAGACGAUGAUAUUGAUUUCGAGAGAAGAGAGAUGGAUGUGGACGAUUAUCCCUGGGAAUCCAACUACCAGAUCGGCCCAGAGACCCUUCUUUUGGCUACAAAAGGAGCCAACUUUAAUGCCCGAGUUCGGGAUUACCGCCGAAUGCUAUGGGGAGACGGAGCUCCCUUGGUCAGUCAAGGAAUUCUCGGAUUCAGGAAUCAGGAUAUCACGGUGCGAGAGAGAAGACGCUUCACAGAUCUCAUUAGAGAAGACCCUCAAAUCGCGAAGAGUGUGGAGAAAGUAGAUCGGGAGUUAGGACAGACCAUCAUGGGAAGUGUCAGAAGAAAUCGACCGGAAUUAAUAGUUCAAGAUGGCCAAACUACGGUCAGACCAGAUGGAUGUAAGUAUAAAACGGAAUAAGCCUUAGUUCCAGGUCAUCGUCCUAUCUUCAAGAAACGUCUUCAUGAUGUUUGUCUCAUCGAAGACGGCAAUAGCAUCAUUUUAGACUGCCAAGUCAUUGGAAAUCCUCGGCCUGAGGUCGCUUGGUAUCACCAAGGAAGUGCUCUUAAGGACGAUCAAAAGUUCAAGGCCAUCUAUGAAGGAAAUCUGGUCCGUUUAAUCAUCAACAAACCCAUGUUUGUCGACGGAGGAGAGUAUUCUUGUACAGCGACAAACGAGCUGGGAAGCGAUUCGACUUCCUGUAGAUUAAUCUCUGGAAGUAAGUAUCACAUUCCUAUUACUUUUACUGUAAUUCAGGCGAGCCCGGACGUCCAGGAAGACCCGAAGUGACCCUAGCUUCAGAUACCGAGGUGUUUAUCGUCUGGGAGCCACCAGAACACCGUCCCAGCAUGUUUGGCAUCUCUUAUCGCCUCGAGUCACGCCCAGCUGGUGACAAUGAUCACUUCGCUGUAUGGACUGUGAUCAGCGACAAGGUCGAGGCAGAGUUUGUGGUAGUUAAACACCUAUCACCCGGGGGCAUCUACCAAUUCCGAGUGACUGCGUGCAAUGGAUUUGGAUGGGGAGAACCAUCUUUAACAUCCAGAAUCAUUCGAACUCACACUCGAGGUGUCCCCAAAUUAAAUAUGGAUAUCCUGAGAAGAGAACAUCGCCUUCAAGUGGUAGCCAUGCCUCAAAAAAUGACCAAAGCAAAAUCCGGAUUAACCGAGAUUUGUGAGGAGGAAGAAGAAGAAGAGGAUAUGGAUGAGAAAGCGAGUUCAGUGAGCUCAGUCAACGAUGAGAACCUGAGCAUUCUGAAUGAAGAACCGACCAACAGAUUCGACCUUCUACAUGAGAUCUUCAGAGGGAAAUUCAGUUUAGUGAGAGAAGCGGCCGAUAAAAAUUCAGGAAAAAGAUGUUGUAUGAAGGUCAGACCCUUUGAUCAAACCGAAUUCGAUGCACUCUUGGCUAGUCAGCAUGAGAAUGUGGUCAAAUUGGUUGCUGGAUAUAAGAAGUAAGGAAGCUUUGACCAAUUUAUCUUGGUUUAGAUCAAACUGCCUUCUUCUCUUCACCGAAUCACUUGCCGAAAAUGUGUUUGAUCGAUUUGUGGCUACUGACCCUUACACAGAAGAGCAUAUUGCGUUGACUGUGAGACAAAUCUGCGCAGCUCUUCAUUGGAUACAUUUCAAAGGGUAGAUCUGACAAUAUUACUAACAGGGGAAGUACUCCAAGUGACGCCCAUAUUUUGAUGCUCUUUUUUGCAAACUUUAGCAUGAAACGUUUCAUGCCUAAUUCUACCCUAGAGGAGGUGUAAUGUUUCCACAAAAAAAGAUCAAUCCAACUGGCAAAUAUGACCAAAAAGUGUUUUUUCUGUGACCAGCCUCCGCGUGUUACAUACUCUCUCCGCCACAAAGAUCGUUGAAUAUUUCGACUGCGCCUGCAAAGCACGACCUAAAAUUUUCAGGAAUUGAUAUGUGCAAGAUCUAAAACAAAAUCUCAGCGUCGCACCUAGGUACUUCUCUUGCAAACCUAACAAAGAUGAUUUGAACUGUCUUUGCUUUCAGAGUUCUUCACCUGGAUGUACAACCAAAUAAUGUCAUGUUCGCGGAGAGACGCAGCUGGCUAGUUAAAUUAAUUGAUUUCGAUAGAGCUGGCAAGAUAGGAAACACCAAGGAGAUCAACCCGAAAACUCUGAAUCCAGAAUGGGCACCUCCAGAGAUUCUGAAAGGAGAGAAACCAACCACGGAGACAGACGUCUGGGGGAUGGGAAUCGUCUGCUUCUGCAUGUAAGUUGUCUGAAAUAAUAUCAAAUUAUUUUACGUUUCAGGUUAUCUAAAAUAAUAUCGGAACUUUGUCUGAUGUAAAAUAAACUUAAUUCUUACAGAUUGGCUGGUUUCCAUCCAUUCUCUAGCGAAGGGGACAAUGUGGAUACGAUCAGAAAUGCCGUUCUCACCGAGAAGUGUGAUCCCAAUCUGAUUCCGGUCCAGGCCAGUCAAGAAGCUCUCCGAUUCGCGACAUGGGCGUUGAAAAAAGAUCCAAGGUUCGUUGAAAAUAGCUUUAUUUUAUGGAAAAAGGUUCAUUUCGGCAUUUUUCCAAUCCAUUUUUUUGAUUAAAUGUCACUAUUGACUUUACGCUCUUUUCUAUUUUUAGACGUCGCAUGAGAACUGAAGAAGCUCUUGCCCACCGAUUCUUGGCCAACGAUGCGACGAUGGUCCGAAGAAGAGAAAAUAUCAAAUAUUCGAAUAGUCGUAUCCAACGCACUUCCUACCGAACAUUAUAUCGGAAACCGACUCAACUUUGGGAUGGAAAUGUGGAGAAGUUCGGAGAAGGACUUCAAAUGCCCCCUCCUCGAUCAGGAAUGCCUCUAAAUGGAGCCGCUCAAUUUGGAGGACUGGGCCCCACGGCCCCACUACAGAGAAACGGCAGUGCCGGUAGUGUUCCUGCACGUGCCCGGCCUCGAGAAGUCUGAUCUUGUACCACGUUCUCUACUAUUGUGAUCUAUGUGAAACCUGUGAAGCUUGCGUUACUUCCUUUUUCUCAGUUAUUUAGAUGUUUCUGAUUUCCCCACUCUUUAUUUCUCAUCAGUCUGUCGGGAAAAUAAUAUGGAUUUGCCGCAGCAAUAUCCUUGGCCUCCAAAUCUCCAGCAUCGCCUAGCCAUUGCAAAGCGAUGAUGGGCGACAUCAAGGCACAAUUAAUCCGCGUUAUUUUUCCAACAGGCUGAUAUUCUCCAUGCUCCAACAGUCAAUACCUUCCCCAUCUUCGGCCACAUUAAUCGUUCUGUCUGUAAAUAAAUUCAACGAUUCAAUGUUGUUGUUCUUGUUGUUGUCGUAGCUUUUUAAUUGUAGUAAAAAGUGAGAUUAGUGAAUAAAUUGUUAAUUUAAUUCUUGAGGAAAGGUCGGUGAUCUUUUUUAAGAUCAGUUGGUAGUCAAAAGAUUACGUUAAAGAAGAGUGCAAAGGCUGAUUCAGAAUUAUGUUCGUAGAGACUGUUGUCCUUAACACCUUAUCGAAGAGAUCCUCGAAUUGCAAACGCCGUGUUCACGUCAAAAUCAGGCCAAACCGAUCUUUCGACAGGUAUAAUAAUCUGAAAAUAAGUGCGGGGUUUUUGCAGCUGACGACUGUUUGAAGUGCGUGCCUGUUCCCUCUUCGACGCUAAGGGGAUCAAAGUGCCCGGGAAGCGGCAAAAGUGGCAAAAAAGCGCUGGUUCGAACGAAUCACGGCUAG